AAAAACAUUUCAACUUUUCGUUAUCCAGUCUUACAGCUCUUACUCCCUUUACCUAUGGACCACUUCGUAAACAGCAUCAUAUCGCAAAAGUAUAUCUGCAGACGACUUCGAUAUGCUAAUCUCGUAUAUAACAGUGCCAAUGCUCUUCUUCUACGCCAAUGACGCUAGCGAUGAGGACUUCAUGCCAGGCGACAAGCUCGAGGAGGGGUUCUAUCGGACCCUUUCCCUCUGUCCCUGGUUUGCUGGUGAUCUUCAAGCAGACACGAGGCGGACUAACCUAAAUAUGCCUGCAUACCGUGAGUCGCAGUCUUUGGUGCACUUCAGCAAGAUACAGUCUGUUGGGUUCAACCCUACGACAUGGCCCAGUGACCUGGUUCCUGUCGAGCAGGCCCCAUACCUUGACAGCGCUACUAGGAAGGUCAAACUGUUGCGUGUUCACGUCGUGCGACUAAAAGACAACAGCGGGAUGGCUAUUUCGAUUAGCUUCAACCAUGGUAUUGCUGAUGGUACCACUAUUAUGACACUCCUCAACCGCUGGGCGGAUGAGACACGUGCACUAAUAGCUGGCGUACCUGUGGCGGAAGCAACCUUCUGCUUUGGUGCCGAUAUCAUCAGCAAGCAUUUACCGAGCGAGCGCGCACCCCUCAACGAAACAACCAGCAAGGUGCUUUCAGCAAAAUCCCGCGUGGCAGAUUUCAUAAUGCUGGCGAGCUAUUUGACCAGUCCUGCUUCACCGCGCGGGCAUCUAUUCCGGAUUUCGCGUGCCAAGAUUGAUGGGCUUCGCAGUCAAGUACUCGAGCACUUGCCACACGGGACACGGGUCCACGAACAGGCUGUGACAAUGACAAGUCGGGGUUGGGUGGCAAAACUAGCCGAUUGGAUUAAUGGAGCUGCAGGCGAACACUGGACUUUGGUCGUUGUUGACUAUCGCCGACAUCUUGGUAUGGCAGAGUUGAACUACAUGGGCAAUCCGAUAUUCGGCGAAUUUGUUCUCACCCCACUGCACCAGGCACAUCAGCCUAUUACUGCUAAGACUAUUGCUGUGACACAUGCGAUUAAUUCCCUUGCCAUUGCAAUGAACUACAAGGUUGUGACAACAACGACAAAUAUUGCUUCUACCAAGAUGUACGCUGCGGACUUUGGCCAAUGGCGUGUAUUUAUUAUUCUCCCUUCGCCACCCCCGAGCAAAGAUAUUCUUGUCAAUAUCUGUGACACGCCUUCGGUAAUGGACGGCGUCUUGAAGAACGAGUUCUGGCGCGACUUUGCUGAACUAGUCUAUUAAUAUAUGAGCAC